UUUGAUUGUGCACUAUCGAUUGCGGAUGAAGUGUUCGCUCUCUCUCUCGGUCAACAGAAAGACUCGCUGCUGUAAUGGAUGACGCUGUGACUUGAUCCCACGCGGCUGUCUGGCUCCCCUCUCUCGCCUCUUUUUCUUCAUUCCAGUCUGAUCGGAUGUCCGCAAACAGGUCCGCAACUUCUAACGGGAACCACAGCUGCUUCUCUGUCUUUCAGAUUUCUUUUUUGUGUAUUGUAUACUUUUAAUGACCAUGGCUAAAACGACAGUUGUCACUUUUCAUCGCAUAUAAUUUAUAUGCGCUUUGCUGGCAUCCUAGAAUUAUGAAAAUAUGAAGAAAUGGAUUUUAUGAAACUACUCGGGACUGUGCUCUCUGUAUGUUGCUACCCAGGCACCGCAUUCAAACUCUUCAGUGCGGACUUUUAUGAGCCCAAAGGCCAGCGCAUCUGCCGGCGGGGCACAGAGAGGCCCUGCUACAAGAUAGCGUACUUCCAGGACAUUCAGCGCAAGGUGAACUUUGAGGAGGCCAGCCGGGCCUGCCGCAGCGAUGGCGGAGAGCUCCUCAGCAUCGAGACUGAGAGCGAGCAGCGGUUCAUCGAGAACUUCAUCCAGGAGCUGCGGGCCUCCGACGGAGACUUCUGGAUCGGGCUCCGCAGGAGCCAGGGCUACCAGGAGACCAGCAGCGACUGCCCCGCGCAGUACCACUGGCUGGACGGCAGUCAGGCCACCUUCAGGAACUGGCACUGGGACGAGCCUUCGUGUGGGUACGAGGUGUGUGUGGUGAUGUACCACCAGCCCUCUGCCCCGCCAGGCCUGGGGGGCCUGUACAUGUUCCAGUGGAAUGACGACAACUGCGACACGAAGAACAACUUCAUCUGCAAGUACACCCGCGAAAAACAGCCAGACUCCACAGCAGCAGGGAACCUCACACAAACAGAUUCUCCAACCGUAUCUCUGAGGCCAAAAUACCCAGCAGUUACUGUUGACGAUCCCAAAAUCAAAGUAGAAGUGUCUCAGUCCAAAGGCAGUGCCCUGAAUAUUGCCUACAUUGUCCUCCCCACCAUCCCUCUGCUGUUGCUGUUGCUGGUGGCAUCGGGGGUGUUCUGUUUCAAGCUCCUGGCCAGGAGGAGGAAGGAGCAGACCGAAACGUGCCCCAAGGAGCCAGGGUACUGGGUGCCAGCUGACCGCUGCAACAGCCCCAGCCCGGACGUCUACAACGUCAUCAGCAAGCAACACGAGGCGGACCUGGCAGGCACUCGCCCAGACAUCAAGAACACAUCCUUCCUGGGCUCGUCGCCCGACACUCCGCCCGGCGAUUACGACAACCUGGCGGGCAGGGACACGGAGAGCGGCUUCGUGACGCUGGCCAGCACGGAGAGCGGCUUCGUAACCAACGACCUCUACGAGACCUAUCAGAGCCGCGGCCGAUACUACCGUGAGACGGGAUGGGUGGACAAUGACAUCUACGGCUACUGAGGCACUUCCAGGGACCUCCACUGUGCCCCAAAUGUGUCUGCUUCUCCCCAGACUUCCGCCCCACUUUGCCCUGUGGACAGGUUCACAGACAUGGCCGAAGAUAACCGGACUUGCAGGCUUGCCCGCCCAUUGGCUGGGCCCAGUGCCUCCAGUCCAGCUCGCCCAGGCUCACGGCAGAGACCAUCUUCCCUGGCAGGCAUCCUGUGUGGAGGCUGGGGGCUGGAACUUGGACACGUUAGCAGGAAGGGCAACACAAAAAGCAUGAUACCAACUUUGAUAGUCCUCUGAACAAUACUUCUUCUUUCGUCUCCCUCUGUGAGCCUUUCUUCAAAAAUGCACACAAGGACACACACACACACACACACACACACACACAUGCAUGCACGCACAUAAAUGCACAUUCAUAAACUUUCUUGUAUAGCUGGAUGGCUGGACAUGAUUUCCUACUUUGAGCAGAACUGCCAGCAGAGACCUGCCAAUCAACAUGCAGUUUUGCGCAGGUAGCACGGGCAGUACUUUUCUUUCUAAAAAAAGAAAAAAAGAGGCGUGUAAAAUGUACAGUAGCAAGCAGGCUGCCAGUGAAUCAUGUGCAGUUUUGAACACUUAACAUCAUUUGGACAGAAAAGGUGGUAGCACGACUUAUAAUGGGUUUGCAUGGCUCAGUUAUACUGCUUUUGCCUGUGUUUGGACAGGUGGGGCUAAGGGUAAGAUUGUGUCCACCUUUACUCAACCCCGAUCCCCCCACCCCCGUAGAUAACUUGUGCCUGACCAGUUAUUUCCCAGAAUCCCUUAUGCACUAAGCUAAACUGGAAUGCAUUUGGUAUGAUGCAAGUCAUGUGUAUGAAACAUCAAUAAACCAGACAAAAAAAAUGAUUGUGAUUUUUAUCAAUUUUUGAAAACUGAUGUUAAAAAGCUGCUGAAAUUAAGAGUCAUAGAAAACCAAGAAUUGCUAAUUGAGGCAUGCAGGUUUGUUCCAGUACUGCAUUGAGUUACAGUUGAUUUUAUGGAGGAGAAUGAAACAAAAAAAAGUGGUGCAAUUGGAUUUAGAACUAAUUUUCUAGCAAGCUUGAAAAUUGGCAUAACUCAAAGUGGACUGGUGUCCCCCAUAAAGGCCUGUCCAAUUUAAAUGUGCCACGGACGUGUAAAGUGACAUAUUUAUCUUUCUUCUGAGUCAGGCAUUGAACACCAUAUGGCAUAUUUAACGUCAAGUCUAUUUUUUUGUGUACAGGUGGUAUUGAUGUUACUACUCAAGGUGCAUGUCUCAGAGAUUUGGUCAUAGCAAAAUCGAGGAUCUUCCUAACUUGUGCUGUGUGUGAGUGCUGGCCAGUCUAUUCUUUUGGUCUGGAACAAAGAGGCUUGCACUUAAUUCCAUGCAACCAAUAAUAUGAGACACUGCAUUCUGCUUUGAAAAUGAAUUUACAUAUUGUCAGCAUGUGGAGCCAAGGUAUAUCAUCCAAGUACUGUAUACCGUUGACCAAAUAUAGGAGAGACUAGCAGCAGAGAGUAUUCAAUACUACACAAUGUACUGCGCUGACCAAUAUUUAAAAGGAUUCCUAUGAACGUUCUAUUCAUAGGAAGAUUCCUCCUGUGAAUAGCAAAUUUAAAUUCAUGAAGGAAAGGCCAUUAAACAUCGACUAUAAUUUAGAUAUCGAUGUAGAGACCAAGUUUUGGAGAAGAAUGUUUCAAAUUAUCCUGAAGAAACAAUUUCUUUAGCAAUCAGGAAACCAUAAAUACAGUUUCAAGACAAUACGAGCCUCCAACCGUAGGGUCGCCGAAUCCUGACGCCAACUAAUGAAACAUUAAAAGCCUGUACAAAAUGAGCCCGAGCGCGCGGGGUUAAACCCACUCGCUAUGGGGAGCCCAAGUAGGAUAUAUCCUUUAUUGUCUUUCGUUUCGAACUUUUGUGCGCACGAGCUUUGUUUUAUGACCUCAUGAUAGAGCUGACCAGCCCAACAUCUGCGUUCUCGACGGUGAAAGAAAUUGUCAGUUUUCAAAAAAAUA